AAAAAAAAAAAAAGGUAAAACCGAACCUCCUAGAGGAAAAAAAUCAAAACAACAAUCCCAAAAUCGAAAAUCAAAAUUCCAAAUAAAAUUUCACAAACCCUAGAAAUGAAAAAUCCCCAAAUCUGAAUGGAAUCUUCAUCCCUAACCCGAUUCCUGCCCUUCGGAUCCUCCACUCGUUUCCGUUACCGUAUCUUCUGUUUCUCCCUCUUCUUCGCCGGUGGCUGACCGGGACCCGACCCAAAUCUCGCCAGUCCUUUUCGUUUUUGUGUUUUUUUGGUAGUUUAUGUUUAGAGAAAGUAGUGUUUUUUAGGGCAAGAGAGUCUGCGCGUUUGUAAUGAUGGGGAGUUCGGGGGGAUCGGGAGGUGAAGGAGGAAGCGGAGGGGAGUGCGGAGUCGGAUCAAUUGUGUGGGUUCGACGGAGAAACGGGUCGUGGUGGCCCGGGAAGAUUCUCGGACCUGAAGAGCUCAACGCCACUCAUCUCACUUCACCGCGAUCGGGCACCCCCGUUAAGCUGCUUGGACGAGAUGAUGCUAGUGUGGAUUGGUACAAUUUGGAGAAAUCUAAACGUGUCAAGGCAUUUCGAUGUGGUGAAUUUGCUGAUUGUAUUGAAAGGGCUGAAGCCUGCCGGGGCAUACCUGCCAGGAAAAGAGAGAAAUAUGCACGUCGUGAAGAUGCUAUUCUUCAUGCACUUGAUCUGGAGAAGGAGUUGCUGAGGAAACAAGGAAAAUUAGAUUCAACUUUGGAUCAUGUAAGAAGUAAAUCAUCUGGUUCUUUGAAAAAGAAUAUAGUUACACCUUCAGGAGCUUCAGAUGGUCAUGGUGGAAAAUCUGGGAAUUCCAAAUCAAAUCAAAGUUCGAAGAUAAUUGAAACAUCUCCCAAGGAUGAGGCUACAGACACAUCUUUAAAUUUGCAAAAAGCCAAAGAUGAAAGUCAACCGAGCUUCGAGGAUGAGCAUUCUGAAGUCACACCUAGGAUGAGAGGUUUGCAGGACUUGGGGCUUAGAAUUGUGGCACCAAAGCGGAAGCUUUCUUCUCCUGAUGCUUCAGAUGGUCCAGAGAAACCUACAGUUGACAAUAAUUUGCAGACCUCUUCUACUGGCGACCCUAGCACAGGAAGAAUUAACCUUGCAAAUGGAGGGGCACAAAUGGGAGGUACUUUCCGGUCAAAGAGGAGUAAAUGUGCUUACUUGCCAUCUGAUUCUAAUGACACCUUGGAUUGUAAAGAAAUUACUCCUAGCCAGACUGAGAUGUCAACUUUGCCGGUUGAAGAUAGUGAAUGUGGUCCUCGUAUUCAUGUUGAAGAAAACUCUUCAGGGUUUGUGGAAGAUGAUGAAUCUCAUUCUUCUGAGUCAGAGUCAGAGUCAGAGUCUGAGUCAGAGGCUGAUUCAUCUGAGACUGAACCUGAUAUUGAUAAAGAGAUGACUAUACUUUCAGGUGCUGCUGAACCUCGGAAAGUUGAAUAUAGAUCUCCAACUCUAGGAGAACAGGAACAUGCAAGUGUGAGCAGUGAAGAGCAUGAUCACUCAGCACUAUCUGGUGAUAUAUCUCACGUCCAUCCUCAAAAUCCUUUUUCUGCUAAUGAAGCAGUUUCUAAGUGGCAGUUGAAAGGCAAAAGAAAUAUCCGCAAUAUUACUAAAAGUUUGGCAGAGGCAGCUGACAGAAGAGAUUUUAAUGGAUCCGCUUGCAGAACUUAUCGGGAAGAAAAGAUUGCUGCUUUCACCCCCAGAGCAUUGGGGGGAAGUAUGAAUUUCCGGAGAAAGGAUUAUUUCAGUGACCCCCUUGAUGAGGUGGAUUUUGAUGAUAGGGAUUUCUUUUCCCCUAUGGUGGGGUUGGAUGGAGGAUAUGGAAAUUUGCCCAGGGCUGCAUCAAGAGGUCAAAAUAAUUUCAGCCGUAAUAUCCUUGAUUGGGAUGACAUGGCAUGGGAAGAUCAGCCCACCUUCAGAGGACACUGUGGGCGCCAUGUGGAGCAUUUUAGUCCGAGAUUUUUUGGCCGUUACGGUUUUGUUGGCAGGCCACGAACUAUGUUGGUUGAUGUAGAUCUGAAGGUCCAAGCAAGCUAUCCAAAAGAGCGUGUUCCGUUAGUUUCUCUGUUGAGCAAAUUAAAUGGGAAGGCAAUAAUUGGGCACGCACUCCAAAUUGACAAACUAGAAGAUGGUUCAUCUGAUUGUCUUAUUCCUGCAAAUGAAUAUUAUGGCAGCGAAGCAAUUGAUCAUGAUAGAACACUUUCACCAGCUUGGAGGACUGCAAGGAGGACUAAUCUUCGGGUCCCACGAUCUCACUUAUCAUCAUCACCCAAUGGUGACAUGGCUGCUGAAACCCAUUCUUUUUUUGAUGAUGACAGAAGAGUGUUCAAGAAACAAAAUAUAGGAAAUUUUAAUCAUAAGGAAAGUUUGGUUAAGAAGAGCCAGUCACACAGUCCCCAGUCUGCCAUGGAUAAAAAGUUUCCUAAAAAGCAGCCAAAGAAAGUUAGCUUAUCCGCUAGCCAAAAAACAAGAACUUUGUCAUCAAUUGCUAUUGACCAGAGUCUCAGUUCUAGGACCUUAUUUGAUACGAAAAUUAGUCAAAUGAAUGGAUUGCUCAAACCGGCGUCAUCUGGGCCGACAACAGUAGCUUGCAUACCAGUGAAAUUAGUAUUCAGUAGGUUACUCGAGAAGAUCAAUAGGCCACCGUCAAGAGUAUCUAGUAAAGCGGUUCAGUCAACUAGUGGUGCAGAAAGGAAUCCAUCAUAGAUUACAUGUACAUUAUUAUAUGGGAAAACACUAAUACAUCCUGUGCAACAUUUCUUGCUGAUUUCCUCUUUCUGACAAAGGCAAGCUGUAUACAUUGUUGGCAACACGGUGUGUAGAUUCGUCAUGAAUAAUCAGAUAAAGCAGGUAAUUUGGAAGAAACUACUAUAUAUACUGAAUAUGUUGGAUGAUGAGGUUGUUUAGACUUUAUCAUUAGUAGCAAAAAUUCGUUGGUUGGAAGAAGAAAAGUAGCUUUAUCUAGGCAGGAACAGAAUAAUUAGAAAUUAUAGUGGUUAAAAUUAGAUAGUUCUGAAACCAUAUAGAUGAUUGUAUAUUUAUUUUUCAUAACAAGCCUAUUUAUUUUUCAAACUUCUUUUUCUCUUUUUUAUUAAUUAGCUUAGAUAUAAAGCAGCUUGUGAAGUGACUCUCUGCUACCACUUAACAUUGUGAGACAGAUUCUUACUAUCUUGAAUGCCAUGAGAUCUAAAUAGCAGAAACCUGAAAUGUUUAUGAUUCA